UCUGGAACACACGCACACACACACACACUGACUGACUGAGCUUUGUUCGUUCAUCCAGUCUACAGCAGCCUGAAGGACAAACACACGGAGACCAGAACCACGGCGGAACCAGACUGAACUGACGGUGAACGACUCAACAGGUUGCUGAUCAGGAUGGCAGGGAUUAAGGAGCAGCAGUUCACGGAGGAGAAGCCGCUGCUGCCUGAGCAGAGAGGAGUGGAUCCAGACCUGCAGGAUAAAGGAGAGGAGGCAGCGGGGGGGCUUCCCGGCCCCGCCAGCCCUGCGCCCCUUAACCCCCCCUCUCCCCCCAGCCGCCCCACUCACCGCUGGCAUGUCAUGGCACGGCACUGGCUCCGCCAGACCCGCCGUCGGACCAGCGGGGUCGUCCCGGAAACCUGUGAACAGCUGAUGCCUGCAGGAGACUGGAAGGAACAUGAUGUUGAGACUCCUCAUGGGAUGCUGCACGUGGUGAUCCGUGGAGCACCGAAAGGGAACAAGCCCGCCAUCCUCACCUAUCACGAUGUGGGACUGAACCACAAACUGUGUUUCAACUCGUUCUUCAACAACCAGGACAUGCAGGAGAUCACCAAGCACUUUGUGGUCUGUCACGUCGACGCCCCGGGUCAACAGAGUGGAGCCUCACAGCUGCCGCAUGGGUUCCAGUAUCCCACCAUGGACCAGUUGGCAGGGAUGUUACCCACUGUGGUUCAACACUUUGGAUUUAAGAGCAUCGUUGGAAUCGGAGUUGGAGCUGGCGCUUACGUCCUGGCCAAGUUCUCCCUUUUGUUCCCGGACCUGGUGGAGGGUUUGGUUCUGCUCAACAUCGACCCAAACGGCAAAGGCUGGAUCGACUGGGCUGCUGCGAAGUUGUCAGGUCUGACCAGUAAUUUACCAGAAACUGUGCUCCCUCACCUGUUCAGCCAGGAGGAGUUGGUCAACAACACGGAGCUGGUGCAGAGUUACCGGCACCAGAUCAACACCAACAUUAACCAGUUCAACCUGCACCUGUUCUGGAACAUGUACAACAGUCGCAGAGACCUGGAGAUGAACCGCGGCGGUACAGUGAUUCACGCUAAAACCCUGAAGUGUCCUGUGAUGCUGGUUGUGGGAGACAAUGCUCCUGCUGAGGAGGGGGUGGUUGAAUGCAACUCCAAACUGGAUCCGACAAACACCACCUUCCUAAAGAUGGCCGACUCUGGUGGACUUCCUCAACUCACACAGCCAGGAAAACUGACAGAAGCCUUCAAGUAUUUCCUGCAGGGAAUGGGCUACAUCGCGAAUGUGAAGGAUCGGAGGUUGAGUGGAGGGCCAGUGCCGUCCGCCAGUAUGACCCGCCUGGCUCGCUCCAGGACGGCCUCGCUGACCAGCGCCGGCUCCACGGAGGGGAACCGCUCCCGGGCCUGCACUCACUCUGACAGCACAGAGGGCGUGGCCACGGUCAGCCACACCAUGGAGGUGUCCUGCUGAAGAGAAGAUGAAGAACGAGGGAGGACGGAGAGAGAGGUGAAGAAGAGCGUGGAGUGUUUUUGAAAGGAGGUGAAGUUAGAAAAAACAAAAAAAACCCAGGUGAAGACGUCGCCCUCUGUCUGCCAACGUGUGUCCCUGCUUCCCCGCUGUAAACUAAUAUUUAUCACCACUGAAAAAAGAGAAGAAAAAGAAAUUCACUUUAACAAUCGUUGACCAACUGUUUGUGUCAUUCUUGUGUUUGAUAAAUGUGACGCCCCCCCCCACAGCAACAUAAAAUAACAUGACAGAAUAUAAAAUAAUAACAAAGAACAGCUGUUGAUCAUGAAAAGAUGGACGUUGACUUUGUCAUGUGUGUGUGAGUGUCUCUCUGUGUGCUUUGUAAAGUGUCAGAGGGGGCGUGUCCAAUGUGUGACACGACAUCCGAGGGGGCGUCUCCAAUGUGUGACAUAACAUCAGAGGGGGGCGUCUCCAAUGUGUGACACAACAUCGGGGGCGUGUCCAAUGUGUGACACAACAUCAGAGGGGGCGUGUCCAAGGUGUGACAUGGGAGCUUUGAGCAGAACUCUGUUCUUCUAUGAAAAUGAAAACAACAACAGAGUUCGACGACGUCUGUGUGGGUUGGACAUUGUGAGCAGGAGAAAAGUUUGUGAUUAUUUUCAUGUGUCACUUAAACUUGAACCACGUCUCUACGUUAAAGUUUGACGACACUGUGACGCUCCAAAGUGGGCGGGGUUCUGAUCAUUUUUUGACCGUUUACCAUUCAUGUGUAUGUGAAUACGCAUUCAUGUGUAUCACUCUCAGAGGUCAGAGGUCGUGCAGGUGUGUGGUGUAACUCACAUGUAUCUGCAUGUGAAUGUGAAGGUUAUCGUCGAUGAUGCUCGUACACUUUGUCGCGUUUUUAAAGCAUUUGAAGAAAAACGACAAAGAUGGAGAGUUUCUGUCUAUCCCAGAUAAUUCAGUCAGGGUUAAAAUGGUUGCUAUGGUUACCUGACGCCAUCUACUGUGUAUUUCUUGAAGUGCAGGUGACAAUCGAAGUGGCUCUGUGCGUUUCUUUGACACGCCCCUCCGCAGAGACACGCCCCUCCUGCGUGACAGUUUGCUUCUCAUCUUUGUCUUUUUAAAUAAUUUUUUAAAAACCGUCUCAUGAAUGAAAACAUGACUUUGACGUUGUAACGUCACAACAAACAAACAACAACAAAAAGCCUUUGAUGUUCAGAAUAGACGAAGCUUCCAAACGCUGAGGUGUGCGCUUUCCCGAGGUGGCCUGGAAGGGGCGGGGCUUUUUUUUGGAGCCAUUUGUGCGCCAAGCUCGGAAUGUAGGGCAACACCCAGCCAUUGUCAUAACUCCACCCCCCUAAAAAAAUUACUUGGUGCCCCGCCUCUCACAGGCAAACCCUAUCGCCACCUAAAGGGCUAACAGCUGAAGUCACUUAGAAACGCAGUGCAGGGGGCGCUAAAGACAUGUUUGUUACCACACAGAGAGAGAUUCUGAAUGAAUGAAUGAAUGAAUGUUACAAAAAUUGUGAUUCUUUAAUUUUAACAUCAAAUUUAGUAGAAAAUGCUGAGUAUUCAGUUAUUGUUGUUGCCAUGGUAACUCACGUAGAGCUCAGAGGCUGGUGGGGGAGGCGGGAAAAGAAUGUGGGAGGAGCUUACAACUGAAGAAUAAUUACGAAUUUCACAAAAUUCAGAUCAGAUUCUCGACAGCGGUUUGUGUGAAUUCACGUUACGAAUCGUUCACGCGCUGACUCGUCGUUCACACGCUGACUCAGCAUUCUGACUCGUCGUUCGUGCGCUGACUCAGCAUUACUGAGGUGAUGAUUAAAAAACACCAGUUUUUUUCCUUUACUGCCUGGGGGGGGCGCUGCUCCUGAAUGUAUCCUGUCCCCUUCUGAAGUGCUGUGAUGCUAAGUAUUGUCAACCUGAUCCUCACCUUUGACCUUUGACCUUGUACAGGAAACCUCUGUGAUGUGCGGCAGCGUUUUAUUUUGAAAGGCGUGAGCUGGCGGUGGGUCAUGUGACCUGUGUUUUUUCACGUGUUUGUGCUUCCUCUCCUUCGUACUAACACCACUGAUUUGUUCUGUUUGACUUUGUUUCUGCUCACAGACUCUGAACUGCUCUGUUUACAUAUAUAUAUAUAAUAUAUAUACAAGGUAAAGUGUGUGUCCAUGUGCUGAUCAAAUGACAAAUUGGAAAUAAAGCCUUGAUGUCAGAAUUCA